AUGUCUUACAACGGAGGAUACGGACAAAAUAAUGGCGGCUACGGUGGUGGCCAAGGUGGCUACGGCGGCAGAGGUGGUGCUGGCGGUUAUGGUGGUGGUAGAGGUGGUGGCUACGGUGGUGGUGGUAGAAGCGGUGGAUAUGGUGGCAGAGGUGGUGGUGGAAGAUUUCAAGAUACCAGAGUUGAAUUGACUACCCCUGAAUGGGAUUUGGAAUCUUUGCCAAAGUUUGAGAAAAACUUUUACAACGAACAUCCAAAUGUCACUGCCAGAACUGACCGUGAGAUUGAACAGUUUAGAAAAGAGAAUGAGAUGAGUAUUUUGGGUCAUGAUAUCCCACACCCAAUUACAUCGUUUGACGAGGCUGGAUUUCCAGACUAUGUUUUGAAUGAAUUGAAGAAUCAAGGUUUUCCCAAACCAACAGGUAUUCAAUGUCAAGGUUGGCCAAUGGCUUUGAGUGGUAGAGAUAUGGUUGGUAUCGCUGCUACUGGUUCAGGUAAGACUUUGUCUUAUUGUUUGCCAGGUAUUGUGCACAUCAAUGCUCAACCAUUGUUGAAGAGAGGUGAUGGUCCAAUUGUUUUGGUUUUGGCCCCAACCAGAGAGUUGGCUUGUCAAAUCCAAACCGAAUGUAGCAAGUUUGGUGCUUCAUCUAGGAUCAGAAACACUUGUGUUUAUGGUGGUGCUCCAAAGGGACCUCAAAUUAGAGAUUUGGCCAAUGGUGUGGAGAUUUGUAUUGCUACUCCAGGUAGAUUGAUUGAUAUGUUGGAGGCUGGAAAAACCAACUUGAAGAGAGUUACCUACUUGGUGUUGGAUGAGGCCGACAGAAUGUUGGAUAUGGGAUUUGAACCACAGAUUAGAAAGAUUGUUGACCAAAUUAGACCAGAUCGUCAAACUUUGAUGUGGUCUGCUACAUGGCCCAAAGAAGUGCAAAACUUGGCUAGAGAUUACUUGGAUAAUCCAAUCCAAGUCACAAUUGGUUCAUUAGAAUUGGCUGCUUCACACACAAUCACACAGAUUGUGCAAGUUGUUACCGAAUACCAGAAGAGGGAUUUGUUGGUUAAGCAUUUGGAAAGUGCUUUGGCCGACUCAAACUCCAAGGUUUUGGUUUUCGCAUCGACAAAGAGAACUUGUGAUGAAGUUACAAGUUAUUUAAGAGCCGACGGAUGGCCUGCAUUGGCUAUUCAUGGUGACAAGGAACAACACGAGAGAGACUGGGUGUUGAAAGAAUUUAGACAAGGUUCACACUCUAUCAUGGUGGCAACUGAUGUUGCCGCAAGAGGAAUUGAUGUCAAGGGUAUUACGCACGUUGUCAACUAUGACAUGCCAGGUAACAUUGAGGAUUAUGUCCACAGAAUUGGUAGAACUGGUCGUGGUGGUGCAACUGGUACAGCUAUUUCCUUUUUUACCGACAAUGAGAAGAAAUUGGGUGGUGACUUGUGUAAGAUUAUGAGAGAAGCUAAACAAACCAUUCCUCCUGAAUUGCAAGCUUAUGACAGAAGAAGUUAUGGUAGUCACAUCAGAUAUGGAAGAGGUAGAGGUGGUAGAGGCGGAAGAGGCGGUUGGGGUGGUAGAGGUGGUGGUAGAGGCGGUGGUAGAGGCGGUGGUAGAGGUGGAUACUCUAGUGGAAGCAACACUGCGCCAUUGGGUAACCGUCGAUUCUAA